ACCUAAACUGCCCUUUUCCCCAUCGCCUUACACCAAGGGUAGGGGGGUGUGCAUAGGCAGAAAUUAACCUGGGCUUAAAACUUUCUUUAGUGAAAGUUCAUACUAUAUUCUUUGUGUUUUAAACCUCUUUUCACUCGCUUAUUUCAAGCGUGUGUUCAACUGCUCAUUUUUCCCACAAUAUUAAAGGCAGCGUAACUUGAGCUAAGAUGAUUGACACAGCGACAGGACCUGUAGCACAGCCCUUUGCUGUUCAGCUUAAGGCCAUGACGGAUAUGGAGGGCCGAUACCAACCAAAGCUGAGUGGCUUGAGGCUCAUCGAGAGCUCCCAGGACAAUGGGCUCAGGAUGACCGCCAGACUCAGGGAGCUGGAGGUGAAGGACCUGCUCUCUCUGACCAGGUUCUUUGGUUUCAGCUCAGACACCUUCUCACUGGCCAUCAGCUUGCUAGAUCGAUUCCUCUCUGUAAUGAAGAUUCAACCAAAGCACCUGUCCUGUGUGGGCCUGUGCUGCUUCUACAUAGCUGUGAAGUCCUCCGAAGAGGAGAAGAAUGUGCCUCUGGCCAACGACCUGAUCCGCAUCAGUCAGAAUCGCUUCACCGUGUCUGACAUGAUGAGGAUGGAGAAGAUAAUCAUGGAGAAGCUCUACUGGAAGGUGAAGGCCCCCACAGCCCUCCGCUUCCUCCGCCUCUUUCACAACCACAUCCAGGAGCAGCUCGACGCUGAGAGCAAGAAGAUCCUGAGCCUUGAGAGACUGGAGGCUCAGCUAAAAGCCUGUCACUGCUCAUUUGUCUUCUCCAAAAUAAAGCCAUCUUUGCUUGCCAUGGCUCUCCUGUGUUAUGAGGCCCAAGAACAACAUGACCCCGAGUACCCUGACAAAAUACCAGAGGCCCUGAAAAGUCUGCAACAGCAGCUGAAUAUCAGAGAUGGGGACUUGGUUUGUGUGCGGGAGCUGGUUGGAAAAUGCCUGGCUGAAUAUGCCACCACCAAGUGCUCCAGGCCCAACACCCAGCGGCUUCGCUGGACUAUUUCGGGAAGAACUGCGCGUCAGCUGAAGCACAGCUACUACAAGAUCACUCAUCUUCCCACCAUACCUGAGUCUGCUUAUUAAACCUGGAGGUACAAAUGGGUGACCUUACAUGCAGAGAGAAAUGCCAACUGUUCCCAAAGCUGUCUUCUCUGAUUGGAUUUGAGUGAUUUGUAGUAUGGUCACCCACAUGCAGCUCCAGUUAUUUUCCUUACAGAUCUUCAUCUGUGAUGAUGGAUUUCUUUAAGGAAAAGCACAAAAUGUAACAGUUUUCCUCAAGUUAGUUUGUUGUCAUUCAUUGAUCGAGCAUGCUACAUUUUAUCUGCCCCAAACGGCGAGUAAUGCUUUGUGAGAACGGUUUAUCUGCUACCAUCCUGCUAAGUUUUACUUUUCUGGUUGAGUUGCUUGCACAAGUGUACAGUAUGUUCUUGUUUAAAUCCGUACCACGGUGUUUGGAAUUUCCUGGAACGGGUUGCUGGUUUUAAGCUAAUAAGUAUGGAACCACCUAGGUCCUCAGUCCACCAUGUGGAAGAGGAGGGAGAAGGAUUUUGUGAACAGCAAAAAUGGAACCAAGAAAUCGGGCCCAAAAUCCUUAACUCCCACCCUAGGUUGCUAAGCUGUCCUAAAUGCACACUCCUACCCAAGGUGAUUUUUUUAUUUUAUUUUGAUAUGGCGAAGGAGCUCCGGUUGUGUCCGGCGAAACGAGGCAAGUGACGAUCCUGUCAUUGUAUGGCUAACCAUACUGUUAUGAGCUGAGAGGUCCUCAGCGGUUACCGAUGAGUUGUUGUCACAGAUUUGUGAUUUAAGUACACAGAGUGAGGCACCACACGUAGUAAUUGAUUUCAUUUGUCAAUUAUGCAGAGAACACUAAAAAAAAUGAGGUCAUUGCAGUGGAAAUGUGGAUUUGAAUUUGUAUUGCAUUUUCUUUGCCAGUUUCCCUGUCUAGUUUGUUUCUUUUAGUGACAAAUAAAAUGUGUUCUCAAAUUCAAACUGGCUAAUUGAAUACACCAUCUGGUUAACCUAUACACUUGUACCUUUCAAUAAAACUUUAUUGAAAAGCUA